UUACCCACUAACAAAAUUUGUGGGUCAAUCUCUCCACAUACAUAGGUUUUGAUUUUUGAAAAUGACUCCAGAAACCAAUCAAAACGAGAUCAACCCUAGAAGGUUUUCAAUCCCAGAUUCGAUCAAGUACGUGUUUAGAGAACAACGUCUCCUGUUUGUGCUCGUAGGAAUCGGCAUUGCAGCUCUCAUAUCCAAUGUCGUUCUCAUUCGCCCCUCGUCCACGUGGCAUUCCCAGCCCAUCGCCAAUUCAUUUCACAUCGUCGAGCCAGCUUUCGUACCACGAAGGAUAGCCUUCGAGCUCCAUUCUGAUCACGCUAAUGCCGGUAUGAUCCCUCUUGGGUUGAAGUCGAAGAGAUUGAGGGUGUUAGUGACAGGUGGAUCCGGGUUCGUGGGAAGCCAUCUGGUGGACCGUUUGAUGGCUCGUGGUGACAGCGUAAUCGUGGUUGAUAACUUUUUUACUGGUCGGAAAGAGAAUGUUCUCCACCAUCUUAGGAACCCUAGGUUUGAGCUCAUUCGACACGAUGUGGUUGAGCCCGUCAUGUUAGAAGUUGAUCAAAUCUAUCAUCUUGCUUGUCCCGCUUCGCCUGUCCAUUAUAAAUACAACCCUGUCAAGACGAUCAAGACAAACGUGGUGGGAACGUUGAACAUGCUAGGACUAGCGAAGAGGAUCAACGCACGAUUCUUGUUAACGAGUACUAGUGAGGUCUAUGGGGACCCCCUUGAACACCCUCAAGUCGAAACCUACUGGGGCAACGUUAACCCCAUCGGUGUUAGAAGUUGUUAUGAUGAAGGAAAGCGUGUUGCUGAGACUCUCACCAUGGACUACCAUAGAGGACUUAACAUUGAGGUUAGGAUUGCUCGGAUUUUCAACACAUAUGGACCACGAAUGUGUCUUGAUGACGGACGUGUUGUUAGCAAUUUUGUGGCCCAGGCCUUGAGGAAGGAACCAAUGACAAUUUAUGGCGACGGAAAGCAAACCAGAAGUUUCCAAUACGUUUCAGACCUGGUGGAAGGAUUAAUGAGACUGAUGGAAGGAGAUCAUGUUGGACCAUUUAAUCUAGGUAACCCAGGCGAAUUCACCAUGCUCGAACUCGCAAAGGUGGUGCAAGAUACGAUCGAUCCAAGUGCAAAGAUAGAAUUCAGGCCAAACACAGAAGAUGAUCCUCACCAGAGGAAACCGGACAUUUCAAAAGCUAAUGAGCUUCUAGGGUGGCAGCCGGUUGUGCCGCUGCAGGAAGGGCUGCCUAUGAUGGUGUCGGAUUUCCGGCAACGCAUCUUUGGAGAACAUAAAGAAAGUAGGAGCAAAUUUUCAUCUGUGUAAUAUGUUUUUUUGUUAGGUUAGGAUAGUUUAGAUGUAGAGAAAGCAA